UUUAUUUGGCAACAGUAGGUCUGGCCAUUUAGAUUCUAGAUGUCUUACGUCACUUCCAGUCGCCAUCUCGACCUUCGCUUUUAGGUCUAUAUUGUUUUAUAGCUGGUUCCGAGAUGGACAAUAAAGAAGAUUAUUUGGAUGCAUUAACGGUGUUCUCUAAGAAUCCAACGCCGGAAAUACCCCAUAUUCUUGAACAAUAUUUGAACGGAGUGGCUAAAAAUGGAGAAACAUUGUUUCAUUGGCCGUUGUUAAAACCAUUGAUUGUUAGCAAGAUGGAACAAGUUAUUGCAGAAUUAAGAAAGGGCUUAAGUGCAGAAAAUAUCCCCACCAGACCCAAUGUUGAGAAUGUGCAGUUUGAUGUUAUGCAUAAGCGGAUUAUGGAUUCCAUACAUAAAUUUAAUGGGGCACCGUUUACUAUUCAGAGAUUGUGUGAACUACUCAUUGAUCCUAAACAACAUUAUAAACGCAGUGAUAAAUUUUUGAGAGGUUUAGAAAGGAAUGUUCUUGUUGUUAGUACUGUUGAUCCUUAUGGAAGGAAAGUCGUCGCAGACUCUGGCAAUAAACAUCUAGUCAAUGGCAUGGAUCUAAAUGGGUCUCCAUUUUUUCCAAGAGACUCAAAUAUAAGCUCUACUUUGCCCCCUGUACCAGGCUGGGUCACAUCGAGUGUCACUGUCUCACCAAGAGUGACAACCACCAACAACAUUGCUGCCACCACAGAAGAAGCAAAACAAUCGCAGCCGUCAUCUCAAGAGACAUCAGUCACUACCAAUGGUGUGGUGGGUGGUUUGGUGAGUUCAUUGUACAGUGAGAAUGGUGAACAACCUCUUGGUGUACAAACUGAAGAAGUUGUUGAGGAAACAGUGGUUACCAUGGAAACCAGUGAUGUUGGUCCAGUGGCUACUGAUGGGGGUGAAGCUUUGGCAGAUGAUGAAGAGGAGGAAGAAAUGGGUGCUGAAGACACAAAUGCUUCCUCGUCCUCAUCUUCCUCUUCCUCUGAAGAACUUUCUACAUCAGAUUCAGGUGAAAGUGCUGCUGUACUGUCUACACAGACAUCUGCCGUUACAAAUGAUCCCAGCAUCAGACCAUGGGCAUCUAUAGCCAAUGAAGGAGAGAAUAGUAAAGAUGCUCUUCCCCAACAGCCAGAAACUGAUGCUGUUGGAACAGUUUCAAAAACAAUUACAGAUGUGACUCCAGAACAACAGUCACCCACAACCCAGUCAACUGACCAGGUAGUUGUCGGUGAUGCUGAAGUUGGCCGUCACUCUGAUAUUCUUGAUCAUAGUUUUGGUUUUGACACAACUUUGGAGUCUCGCUCUGUUGAAGUAGUACAGCAAUCAGAUAGCUCCGCUUCAACGCCAGCUGAUGUUAUUGAAAGUUCAACCGAAGCUGACAGCCCAUCCAGCAGCUGUACAUCCUCAUCUAGUUUACCCUUUAGUCAUCUACGUACUUAUGCUGAUGUUGUGUCAGGGUCACAAAAGGAGCUGACCAGUGAGAAGAUGGAUGUACCGGACUCAGCUUGUGACAGUGUCACUGUGCUGGAAAGAUUGGUGGACUCUGUAGACAUGCCACCUACACAGACUUCUAAUACACAGCCAGCCUCUGAUCCUAUGGAAUCAGACGAACCUAAACCCAAAAGAUUUAAGUCCGAUUCAGAUAUGUCAGACGUUGACAACCAUCAAGUUUCAUCUUCUCCUAGUGAAAAUGUGACAGAAGAAACACCUGACUUGAAUAAAAAUGCUACAGGAAGUGAAACUAGUGAUUGUGUAAUGACAGAAACUUCAGAAUGCUCACAAGAAACAACUGUUGAAGAAGAGAGUUGUCAUUCAGAAGCAGACCCCUCCCCUUCACAGCUCUCCUCAGACCAACUGUCAAGGUCUUCCCAGGAACAAGCAUGUGAUGACACUGUGUCACAUGACACUUCCUCACCCCCAUCUCAGUUGUCCUCCUCUAGUGACAGUCAGGGUUUUGAUAUGUGUCGAGAAGAAAGGAAAAGUAUGGAGACACCAGACGAGAGUAGUCUGGUGACCACUACAGAAUCCAUGGAGCACGAAUGAGUUCAAGCCUUGGAAUAUUUUUUUUGAAACUGUUAAAUAAUUAAAGUUUCAAUGGACACCAGUGAGGUGUAAAAUGGCAAGCAAUUUGUCUCAAGUUUGAUGCCACUGAGAUGUGGGGCAGGUUGCAUAGAAAAACUGGUCAUUGCUUAAAAUUGUCCAUUACACAAAAUAUAACAUUGGUGUUUGAUGUGUAGAUUCAAUCCCAGGGUGCUACAUGCGACAACACAAUGGGCUGUUCCUGAGGGACAACUUGAUUUUUUUAAGCAUUCAUUCAGUUGUGAUUUUAUUCACCCUUCUGUGUCAUUUCUUGUAAUUGACCUAGAUCUGAGAAUUUGUUCAGUUGGUCAUUUCAAUAAAUACAAAUUUUAAGUAA